GCAAGGAAGGCCGCAGACGAACGCCGUCGACUACGUCGAGACAAACUCCUCGAAUGCGAGGGGAUAUCGAGGUGAUCGCCGACGAAUGUGCAGUGGCUGCUGAAGAGGAGGGUGCCCCCUCUGUUGUGCGUGGCCUUGCAACCACAAUCGAACAUGUGAGCGACUUGGUCGCCACCUGUGCAGCACAGCAAGAGGACAUCCUCUGCAUGGACACCCUGGUCCGGAAGCAGAUUCAAAUUAUUGAUGAACUGCUUGACCGGGUACGUCGGCUGGAACAGCAACUUGCAACAGCCACCCCCGUCGGACCCUCCAACUUGACGGACCGCGUCAACGUCUUGGAAAUCGACGUCGAGACGCUCAAGGACGGCACUCUAGCGACAAAUCAGCGGAUUGACCAGCAGAUUUGUGCCGCCGCAGCUAGUCCGACCACGACUACUCCCGAGACCAUCCCAAAGUUUGACGGACUACCGAUCUUCUGCGAUGCAACGAAGACUAACCCGAACCUAUGGUGGCGGCAGUUCGAGUUGAAGUUGGACAUUCACCACGUCAUCAACCCGAACCGGCACGCAUACUUAUACUCCCGCUCAGGGGGCGUGUGCCAGGCAUGGCUGGACAACAUGUUGUCCACGCACAAUGUCACAGUCUCCGAGCUGCAUACGAAGAUCAGUUGGGCUGAUCUCAAGGCAACAUGGCAUAAGCAGCUCCAAGUGGAGCUGCCCGAGCUUCAGGAAGCCGAGAAACUUCAACGGUUCUAUCAAAACGACCUGCCAAGCACGGACUGGAUCACCGAGUACCAACGCUUGGCAUCCACGCCCAACUUGCCGUUGACAUUUGUCGCUAUCAAGCACCUUCUUCAUCAGGAGGAGCUGCCCGGCGUUGCAGAACGCCUUGACGCAAGUUGUGGAGACGCUUACCACAACGCUUUGCUGGAUAGCGGCGCAACUCGCAAUUUCAUCAGCCAGUCCUUUAUCCAAAGGGCCGGCCUUGGCGCUCAAGUUCGAAGGAAGCCAAACCCGACGGCGAUCAAGUUGGCGGACGGUCGAACGCAACAACUCCUCGAUCGCUACAUUGAAGUUGUGCCGGUUUAUUUCGCACCUCAUGCAUGCGAACCGGUGACGUUUGACGUCUUAGACACGGACUUUGACAUUAUUUUGGGGAUGCCUUGGCUUGCAAGUGCGGAUCACACGGUUAACUUCCAUCAGCGGACACUUACCGUUCGCGACGCCUUCAGCGCCGAGGUGCCGUGUACCAUUCCUCUUCCUCACUCCUCGAUCCGGUGCCAAGUUGUAACGGCCAAGUCUUUUCGGGUCACUUGCGCUUACGAGCGGACCGACGAGAUAGGCCUGUGUUUUCUACGAGCCGCCGCGACGACCGAAUCUUCACCUACGGACUUGUCUUCGGACCCCAGAGUGGUACGGCUGCUCGACGAGUUCACCGACAUCUUCGAGUCUCCUACCAGUGUGGUGCCGGAUCGACCGAUCUCCCACGAGAUCAUUCUUGAGGCCGGUGCUGUGCCACCAAAAGGAUGCAUCUAUCGCAUGAGCGAGGAAGAGCUCGCGGUUCUCCGUGCACAACUCGAUGAUCUGUUGGACAAGGGAUGGAUCCGCCCUAGUAGCUCACCAUACGCGGCAAUGACCAACGAGUUCCGUGCGAUGUUGGACCGGUUCGUACUAGUCUACUUAGACGACAUUCUCGUCUAUAGCCGGACAUUGGAGGAUCAUCUUGAGCACCUUCGACGAGUGUUGGAAACGCUCCGCCGCGCCAAGUACAAAGCCAACCGCGACAAGUGCGAAUUUAUCCGGCAAGAGCUGGAAUACUUAGGCCAUUUUGUCACACCGGAGGGCAUCAGUCCGUUGCCAAACAAGAUUCAAGCCAUCCAAGAGUGGCCGGAGCCAAAGACCGUCACAAAUGUUCGUUCCUUCCUUGGCUUAGCCGGCUACUAUCAACGCUUCAUCAAGGGAUACUCGACGAUCGCGGCUCCUUUAUCCAAGCUUCAAUGCGAGGACCGGCCAUUCGACUUCGACGACAAUGCGCGAACUUCCUUUUUGGCUCUCAAAGCCGCAUUGCUAUCCGCGGAAGUGUUGCGCAUCUACGAUCUGCUUUUGCCGACAGGUGUCACUACUGAUGCGUACGGCUAUGGCAUUGGUGCCGUCCUCGAGCAACAUGACGGUGUGGACAAGCACCCGAUCGAGUACUUUAGCAAGAAAGUGCCCGCCGUGCACUUGAUUGACGACGCACGGAAGAAGGAAUUAUUGGCCUUCGUACACGCGCUCAAGCGCUGGCUGCAUUUUCUUCUCGGUCGACGGCAGUUCUGAUGGGUAAUGGAUAACAAUCCAUUGGUCUUCUACAAGACCCAAGACACG